AUGGCGUUUCGAGCCGUCGCCUCAUCAAGAGCUCCCCUCGUGGCGCUGCGCCGACCCGCCCAAGCUCACUGUCUCCGAGUCGCAGGCCGCAGAUGGGAGUCCACAGAGAGGCCAUCGCCCGAGAAGCUCGCCGAAGGGAAUCUGCAUCUGCAUGGUCAGGGCAGGCCGUCCUUCAAAGGGCAGCUGUAUGAGAGCGCUGCGGGGAGGUUGGAGCGCGAGAGGGCAGAACAGGCACGAUUUCAGAAGCAGAGGAACGAAGGCGCGGGUGGGAGGAAUUCGGCCUUGACAUUUGUGAUCAUCUCUACAGCAAUCGGAGGCUACUACUUGGGCACCCUCAGCACGCCCGCCCCUUCCAACGCCUCAACACUCCCCCUCUCCCAGACCAAAGCCCCUAAACAUGACAUCUCAGGCUCGAAUAUGGAGGCGGCAUGGGCGGAUUUCACCGAAAUCGUAGGCAAGGACAAUGUCUCAACCCUCGAAGCAGACCUCGAGCAACACGCAGGCUCCGACUACAGCUCGCACACCCACGCAGACACCGAGCGUCCAUUUUUGAUCGUGUAUCCGGCGAGCACGGAGGAAGUCAGCGAGAUCAUGAAAGUCUGCCACAGACGUCAUAUACCGGUUACUGGCUACUCCGGGGGCACCAGUAUCGAAGGGCAAUUUGCGCCGACGAGAGGAGGGAUCUGUGUGGAUUUCAGACGCAUGGAUAAGGUGCUGAAGCUACACAAAGAAGAUAUGGAUGUUGUGGUGCAACCCGCCGUGGGAUGGGAAGCCUUGAACGAGGAAUUAGCUUCGAGCAACCUCUUCUUCCCUCCAGAUCCAGGACCAGGCGCUAUGAUUGGCGGUAUGGUGGGAACGGGGUGCAGCGGCACGAAUGCGUACCGGUACGGAACGAUGCGGGAGUGGGUGUUGAGUCUUACGGUUGUGCUUGCGGAUGGUACGAUUAUCAAGACGCGACAGCGGCCGAGGAAAAGCAGCGCCGGGUAUGAUUUGACAAAGAUGUUCAUUGGGAGUGAAGGAACCUUGGGGCUGGUCACGGAAGCGGUACUGAAGGUGACGACGAAGCCGAACACCACUUCUGUGGCGGUUUGCAGCUUCGGAAGCGUGAGGCAGGCCGCAGAUUGUGUGGCCAAGGUCGUCAGCGAAGGUGUUCCGAUUGCCGCCAUUGAGAUUCUGGAUGAUGUGCAGAUGAAAUGCGUGAACGCCUCCAAGAUGACCGACCGCACGUGGACAGAAGCCCCGACGCUGUUUUUUAAAUUUGCCGGGACGCCGACUGCCGUCAAAGAGCAAAUCGGGAUCGUUCAGCGGCUCGCUAAGGGUACGGGGAGCAAAACAUUUGAAUUUGCAAAGACGGCUUCGGAGCAAACCGAUCUCUGGGCUGCAAGGAAGACGGCGCUUUGGAGCGUGAUGGCUAUGCGAGAGAAGGCCUCGGAUCGCGUGUGGACGGGCGAUGUGGCCGUGCCGAUCAGUAGAUUACCGGAUAUCAUUGAAGAGACGAAGGCAGAUAUCAUGAAGAGCGGCCUCUUUGCCACGAUCGUGGGACAUGUCGGCGAUGGGAACUUUCAUACAAUCAUGCUCUACAACGAAGCUGAACGUAAAACAGCGGAAGAAGUCGUGCAUCGCAUGGUGAAGCGGGCUAUAGAGAUGGAGGGAACGGUUACUGGCGAGCAUGGCGUGGGCAUGGUCAAGAGGGAUUAUCUGGAUCAUGAAGUAGGGGUGACGACGGUGGACGCGAUGCGAAAGCUGAAAAUGGCAUUCGACCCGUUAUGUCUUUUGAACUGCGACAAGGUUGUCAGGGUCCAGAAGCCGAAGCCGGGAGAGGUUGCGGAGUGGUAG